AGCACGUCAAUCAAACUUAAAGGGGACCGGCCCCCUUUUUCGUCUCUCAGCCAGCAGGUUGUAAAGUCAUUAUUAAUCCAUCUGGUUUCUUCUCAUUAGACCUGCUUGCCUCCUUUUGCACUCUUGUUGAAAUUGGGGGGAGGCAUCCUUACGUUCAAGUAAACCAUGUACUGCCUGUGGAACAGAAGACCUGGCUUCAUUCAAAUGUACUGUAUAUUUUUUCUUUACGUGGUUUUUGGAAAAGCUGCCAGUUCAAACUUUAAGGACAGUAGUGAGGGGUCAGAGGUCCUGAGCCUCACCGAGGAGGUUGCCAAGUGGUGGGGAGAGUGGAGCUCUUGGUCCACUUGCUCUCGUACCUGUGGAGGGGGUGUCCAGUCCCAGGAGCGCCACUGCCUGAAGCAAAGGCUUGUUUCAUCACAACAUGUGAACAGCACUUUCUGCAUUGGAUCAGCAAAGAAAUACCAGCUGUGCCAAAUUCAGGCCUGCCCCAAAAAUGGGAUCAGUUUUAAACAACAGCAGUGUUCAUCCUUCAAUGCCAAAGCCUUCAGUAGGAGGUACUUUAACUGGGUACCCCUCUAUCCGGAUGACUAUAUCAACAUAUCGAACAAGCCGUGUGAUCUGCAGUGCACCACCAGCAAUGGGGAGAGGCAGCUCCUGGUCCCUGCUCACGAUGGCACCUCCUGCAGGGACAGGGCGUUCCAGGGAGUCUGCAUUGAGGGCAACUGUGAAGUAGUGGGAUGUGACGGGAUGUUGUACUCCAGCAAAACUACAGAUAAGUGUGGAGUGUGUGGAGGGGAUGGCAGAUCAUGCUACCGGAUCUCUGGGUCAUACCGAAAAGGAAUCACACAGUUAGGCUACCUAUUUAUAACUAACAUCCCUGCCGGAGCAACAGACAUUCAGAUCAUCGAACGACGAAAAACUGAAAAUAUUUUAGCUCUGUCAGAUGAAGCAGGCCAUUUCUUCUUCAAUGGCAACACUGUGAUUGAUAAUCCCAGGAACUUCCGUGUGGCAGGCACGGUGUUCAAAUACAGAAGGCCUUCCAAUUUUUUUACAGAUGGGUUUGAAUACAUCAUCGCGCAAGGACCCACCAACCAAGGUCUGAACGUGAUGUACUAUAACCUGAAUGGGAAGAUGCCCCACAUCACUUAUGAGUACACUGUGCCCAGCUCUCCGGUGCUCAGGACAGCGCCUCCAGUGAUGGAGAUGGAGCUCUACGUCAGCGUCCCCGAGCCUGGUAUGGAAAACACUGGGGCAGGCGUGGGCCCGCAGCCUGAGCAAGACAAGCAAGACCCUAUCCGAGACUUUAAUGGCACAUCAGUGGAGUUCAUGUACGAUGGCAAUGAAAUCGACAGCAAUGAGGACUACAAGCAUGGGAAUGACACUUCCCCUCUGACCUCUGAGAGCAACCCCGCCACACACGUGGGGUCUGACGGGCUGGUAUGGGAGCUGCAGGCCCCCCUGAACCUCUCCGAUAUCCCCGGUGUUCUCUUCUUCAAGCCUGUGAACAAGCACUUUCAAAAUAGAGCAGGCAACCGACUGCAAGAUGAGGAUAGACCGUCCAAAUUUGGUCCCGAGUCUAAUCGGAUCUAUGGAAAUUCUGCCGACCAGAAUAUUACCCAGCGCUCCCCCAAGACUCUUUUCAAGAACCUGUUCUUCAGCCUCCUCUCUAAACCCGGGGGUCUGCAGAGGGCAUGUAAGAACAGUUCAAUACAGGUCGUGCUGUGCCCUCAGUCUGGGAGCCCUCAGUCACAGCUCAGCCUCCAAAACUCUAGCGCCUUUGUCGACAACAACUUGUCCCUGGAUAUCUACCCCGGGAGUCUCAACUCUGAGCGCCACACAGGACCUGACGAAAGCGUCUCUUUUAGCAUGAUGACAGAACUGGAGCACUCCCAACCCAAUUCCUCCCACCAGCUGAACCUGCUCCAUCUCCAUGAUGUGGAGCCCGUUCAGGCUCCUGGUACAGAGAGCAAUGAGUUUGAGGUGGGAUCGGUAGAUCAUGACAUCAGCCUGGCUGACUUGUACAGAUGGAAGGUAUCUGCGUAUGCACCCUGCAGUUCAACAUGUACUACAGGAAUCACUACUUCCUAUGCCAUGUGUGUCCGCUAUGAUGGAGUGGAGGUUGAUGAAAGCUAUUGUGAUGCAGUUACGCGACCAGAACCAACUCAUGAAUUCUGUUCAGGGAAAGAAUGCCUACCCAGGUGGGAGACCAGCAGGUGGAGCGAGUGCUCACGGACGUGCGGAGAGGGCUAUCAGAUCCGCACAGUGCGCUGCUGGAAGAUGAUGGCGCCCGGGUUCGACAGCUCUGUGUACGAUGAUCUGUGUGAGGCAGCAGAGCUCCAGAGGCCCAUGGAACGGAAGAUGUGCAGAAACAAGGGCUGCGGGCCGCAGUGGGAGAUCUCUGAGUGGUCUGAGUGCUCUGCAAGAUGCGGAGGGAAGGGGGUGGUGAGAAGGGAGGUGCGCUGCUCAACGGAAGGCCGUCUGUGCAAUGAAUCCUCUAAACCGCUGAGUGAGAGAGAGUGUGAUGGCCCACCUUGUGACAGGAGGUGGACUGUGUCUGACUGGGGACCGUGCUCAGGGCCCUGCGGUGAGGGCCGGAUGAUGAGAUACGUUGUUUGCAAGAACAGCAACGGGAACGUCAUCUCGGACUCACAGUGUGAUCUGGAGCUGAAGCCCCUUGCCGUGUACCCCUGCGGGGACAAGAACUGCCCUGCCCACUGGGUGGAGCAAGAGUGGGAGCAGUGCAAUGCCACCUGUGGUCGGGGGGCAAAGACCCGGCAGGUGAUCUGUGUUGGACUGGAGAACGGGGUCUACAAGGAGUAUCCUGAGCAGAGCUGCAGCCUCUCACAGAGGCCCGAGGAGGAGACUGUCUGCUUUGAGAGGCCCUGCUCCAAAUGGUUCACCACAUCAUGGUCACAGUGCAGUAAGACGUGUGGGAGUGGGGUGAAGGUGAGGGAGGUCAGGUGUUACCAAGGAGAGGAGGUCGGACACAGCUGCGACCCAGGGACCAAACCAGAGUCCCGGCAGACAUGCGAGAUCCAGCUCUGCCCCACUGAAGCUCCAGAUGAGGUCUGUAAGGACAAAGCUACUGCAAACUGUGCCCUUGUUCUGAAGGUGAAACUCUGCACACACUGGUACUACAGGAAGGCCUGCUGUCAAUCGUGCAAAAACAAGACCCAAUAGGACGAGGAGGGAGACAGAAAACAGCAGGAGAGAGGGAUGUGAGAGCUGUCUGACAACAGGACAUCUAUAAGUAUCAAAUCUAAUAGGUUCUAGACUUGUCUGAAGAGGUAGGCUCUUGAAAAAGGGCCAUACGGUGUGUAUUUAUACCAGACUGUUACAGGCUGCAGAGGCCCCAUGCAUCUUGGUUUCACAGGGACUGGGUAAAAGCCAGAAGGACCAGAGGCAAGGCCUAUAAUUAUCUUUAGAGAUUUUUGCCUGUAUUUCUUACUCAUGACUAUAGAAGCCAUGUUUUUUGUAUUUUGUAUUUGAUUUGUACAGAUGUUUGUAUAACCAACCAUUUAUUUUGUAAGAAAUAGAAUAUAAAAUAAAGACUACUUUGAAACAGUAAAUAACAGUAACUUAAAACAAUGUGUGACUGUGCAAUGGGUGAAGGAUGUCUAGCUUUAACUUUCCUAAAUCUCUUCUACUAAGAAUUAUAAUUCUGGCUUCCACUUGACCCCAUUUGAAGUCAUCUUUGCAAACCACUUAGAAAGUUACCGUUUCAGAACUGUCAUGUGGUAGUUGCCAACAUUGUGAAAUGUAUUUUAAUGAGACGCAAUGGUUGCGUAACGCUUUAUCAGUGUCAGUAUGUUUUAGGUUAUUUUGUGAUAUUCAAAGUAUUGUAAGAAUGACCCCAGAUCUUUCCGGUUGAGCUUGAACAGCAUCCCACCUGACAGACAGGGGUUAAUAAAAAUCACAAGAACAUAGGAGGGAUUUUAAUUAUCUAUUACCUACAAUCCGAUAUUACUUCCGAUUGCCCCAUUGACGAAGUCGAACAAACUUCGGCUGCAUCUGAUAUAAUGUCACUAAAACAGAAUACAAUAAAAAUGACUUUUUAUUUAUAUUUGGUUUGCCUUUUAUGUUGCUGUAGGUACAGCAGAAGCAGGUUGCCAUCUCCUCUGUAACCAGUAACAUGUAUUUAUAUCCCUCAAUCACUCACUCACUCACUCACUCACCCAACAGAGAUCAAUGCAGUUUAUUUCCCCCCCACUUUAUCCAAACGUUUCUGUUUACCAUGCUCAUCUAUGCAUUGCUGUGUCAUUCUUUACUACAGUUUAUUCCACGUUUUUACAUGAUGCAGUAUAUCUAUAUUCUCUUGAGGCAGUAUACUGCUGUUCAGUGCUGUAUUGAGGUCUGAAGAGCUUUAUUUUGCUAAGAAAUGCAAUGUGUGUUUUCUUUUCUAUUUCCUUACAGGAAAACAUCCUACCGUAUACAAGUUAUAAUAAGUAUUUUUGCCAAAAAAGUAAAUAAGUAUUAAUUUCUAACAAUUAAGCGUGAAGGUACUGUCACAAAAUAAAAAACUCUGCGUUGUUGGUAGCUUUAUAAGGGCAUUCAUUGUUUGUUUAAAAGCAGCCACGUCACCUACUCUUGAGUUGUAGCACUUCAUCGCUAAAAGUAGUUGCUAAGAAAACUAAGACACAGUAGAUACCUACAUCAUCAAACUAAAAGCAGUUAAAGUGCUUUACAAAAUGUAUGGAGCUUGGAGGGGAUUUUUGCUAAGAGCUGUAAUACCUCAUUUAACUGGAAUGCAUUUCCUUGUUUAUUCAAUUUUAUAAGAGCAGGGUUUGUUUUACAUUCCAUAUUUUGUUUUCUCAGCCCUUCAUAUGCCAGUGUUACAAACUGAAUUGUAUUAAAAGCAUGUAUAAAAUCUUAAAUAACAUUACAUAAAAUGUCAGUCAAAAACAUUUACAAAAAUAUACUGUAUAUUAGAUUCAUAGUAAACUAAUUGUAUUCCACCUGCAUUAAUAUGUGAGGGCAAUGGAAGCAUUUAAAACUGUUCAAUCACCCCAAAGGCCUCCUCUGGUUUGUAAACUUUCUUAUGUUCUUAUGCCAAAUCUAAAAAAUGACAGAUUAUGAUGUACUUGCAGAUUUUUCCAGCCAUCAAACUUGUUGAAAGCACAAGCCAACUUUCUUUUAAAACUAAGCUGCGCUGAUUCUAUAUGACUCACGGUUCACUCUGCUGAAGUCAAAUUGUCAGAUCAGUUCCUCUUUCAGAGGGUGGUGGCUUCCUUCUCCUCUUUACUCAACAGCAAACCUCAAAUGAAUUAACUUGCUUUUGACAGCUAAAAGUAGCUAACACUAAGACACAAUAGAUGCCUAGGUUAUAUAAAAAAAAAGUUGCUACUGCACGUCUUUUUUUUAAAUGGACAAUUUGCAAUUGGCACAUAAUAGAUCUGUACUAAUAGUACCUAAUACCUGUAUACAGUAUAUAUUUAUACACAAAGUGUUGAAAGAACUAGCAUUGGAAAAUGACAUAACUGGGUGUAGAACCACAGGAAUGUAGUCAAGUGCUAGCGAGAGCAGGAGACGCCAUUGCAUACAGGAGGCCGGGCUAAACUGUCACCUUAGUAAGUAAUUUAACAUGACCACAAUCGGUCAUCUUCGGUUGUUUAGCAUCAUGAGAUGUGAUACAUAUUAAAGUGUGCGCUCGCAUUUAAGUUUAUUUCUACAAAUGUACCCUAUAGCAGUUCCAUUAAAGUGAAGCCAAUAGUCAACCAACCAUCAUUAAGGAUUGGUCAAAAUAUCUUAUCUUGCUUA